AUGGGUGCCAAAAAAAGCAAGCCAAGUAACAGUGACAUUGAUCCCACUGGCGUCGAAACCCCGAUUCACAGCGCCGUCCUCCAUCGUAACAUUGGGCAGAUACCCCCUAUGGCCAUCUCAGAUUCGGACAACGAGUAUCGUUUGGACAACGGCUCUUCCAUGUACGACGCAUCUGGGGGAGCCGCGGUGGCGAGUCUUGGCCAUGGGUACAAAGAGCGGAUCGGGAAUGCCAUUAUGAAGGCGGUCCUCAUGGGGUAUUAUUUUCCAUCGCUCUCAUUUAGUAACAAGCCGUACGAGGCGCUGUGCCGCAAGCUCGUCAGCUCUACUCAUGGGUGCAUGGCAAAGGCUUGGGUAUGCAAUUCCGGAUCUGAUGCAGUAGAGGCGGCUAUCAAGCUAGCACUCCAAUUUUUUUACGACCAGGGCCAAGAAGAGCGAGAAUGGUUCAUUGCUCGAGAGCAAUCGUAUCACGGCGCAACCACGGGGGCUCUCGCCUUGAGCGGCCAUCGAGCGCGUCGAAAGCCUUUUGAGCGUUGGCUGCCCUUCAAAGUCCAUCACAUUCCCGCCUGUAAUGAAUACCGUGAUCGCCGCGAGGGUGAGAGCGAUUCCCAAUACGUUGCGAGGAAAGCAGGGGAAUUGGAGGCGGCGUUCCAGAAGAUCGGUCCAGGAAAUGUGGUAGGCUUUUUUGCAGAACCAGUCGUUGGGGCUGCUCUUGGCUGUGCGGCCCCUCCUCCUGGCUACCUGAAAGAAAUGAAGAAAGUCUGCCGAAGACACGGCGCUCUCUUCAUUAGCGACGAGAUCAUGUGCGGCAUGGGUCGCACUGGCACAUUGCACGCUUGGGAGUACUACGAUAUUGUCCCAGACAUCCAAGUCAUCGGCAAAGGUCUUGCGGCUGGUGCGCAACCUAUCGGCGCCAUGCUCUGCGGUCAGCAUGUCCUCGACGCUCUCGCCGGAGGGAUCUUCGUCCACGGUCACACUUUCCAAGGCCAUCCCGUGACAUGCGCCGCGGCCGUUGAGGUUCUGAAGAUAAUCGAGGAGGACCGUCUCCUUGAGAAUGUCCGCCGCUUGGGAGACCUCCUGGAAAAGACUCUCUUGCAUGAAGCACUCGGUAAUCACCCUAAUGUGGGCAGCAUCCGCGGGGUCAGGUUCUUCAUGGGACUCGAGUUCGUGAAGGACAAGGCCACGAAAGAACCCUUUGACGUGAAAUACCGUGUCUACGAAGGGCUCCUCGAGAGGGCCGGCAUCUACGUUUAUCCGGGUAACGGCACCAUGGAUGGUGAGAAGGGCGACCAUCUAAUCACCGCCCCUCCAUUCAACAUUACCGAAGCGCGCCUCCGCGACCUCGUCAAGCGUAUCGCCAAGGUAAUCAACGAGUACUUUGCCGAACUGAACGCCAAGAUCGAGAAAGAAGAAGCAGAAGCUCAAAGCCCCAAACUCUAA